CGGGCCGCCUCCCGGCAGUCCCUGAGUCCUGCAGGCCCCGCGUCCCCGCCGCACCCCGUCCACACCCGCUGUCCCCGGGAGGCAUGGCGCGCGCGGUGGGGCCCGAGCGGAGGCUGCUGGCCGUCUACACCGGCGGUACCAUCGGCAUGCGGAGCGAGCUGGGCGUGCUCGUGCCUGGGACGGGCCUGGCUGCCACCCUGAGGACGCUGCCCAUGUUCCAUGAUGAGGAGCACGCCCGAGUCCUCGGCCUCCCUGAGGACACCUUGGUGCUGCCCCCGGCCAGCCCCAACCAGAGGAUCCUCUACACCGUGCUGGAGUGCCAGCCCCUCUUCGACUCCAGUGACAUGACCAUCGCUGAGUGGGUUCGCGUUGCCCAGACCAUCGAGAGGCACUAUGAGCAGUACCACGGCUUUGUGGUCAUCCACGGCACGGACACCAUGGCCUUCGCCGCCUCGGUGCUGUCUUUCAUGCUGGAGAACCUGCAGAAGACCGUCGUCCUCACCGGGGCCCAGGUGCCCAUCCACGCCCUGUGGAGCGACGGCCGUGAGAACCUGCUGGGCGCACUGCUCAUGGCCGGCCAGUAUGUGAUUCCAGAGGUCUGCCUCUUCUUCCAGAAUCAGCUGUUUCGGGGCAACCGGACGACCAAGGUGGACGCUCGGAGGUUUGCGGCCUUCUGCUCUCCGAACCUGCCACCUCUGGCCACCGUGGGUGCUGAUGUCACAAUCAACAGGGAGCUGGUGCGGAGAGUUGGCAGGAAGGCCGAGCUGGCAGUGCAUGGCAGCAUGGAGCAGGACGUGGGGCUGCUGCGCCUCUACCCCGGGAUCCCCGCUGCCCUGGUUCGGGCGUUCCUGCAGCCUCCCAUGAAGGGCGUGGUCAUGGAGACCUUCGGCUCAGGGAACGGACCCAGCAAGCCCGACCUGCUGCAGGAGCUGAGGGUGGCGACUGGGCGCGGCCUGGUCAUCGUCAAUUGUACCCACUGCCUCCAAGGGACUGUGACCACGGACUAUGCCGUGGGCAUGGCCAUGGUGGGAGCUGGCGUCGUCUCAGGCUUCGACAUGACAUCAGAGGCUGCCCUGGCCAAGCUGUCGUAUGUGCUGGGCCAGCCUGGGCUGAGCCUGGAUGACAGGAAGGAGCUGCUAGCCAAGGACCUUCGUGGGGAGAUGACGCCACCCUCGGUAGAGGAGCGCUGGCCCUCACUGCAGGGCACCACGCUGGGCUGUGGGGUCUCCUGGCUCCUCAGUCUGAGUGGUGGCCAGGGGGCGGAUGCCCUGCGGAGCACCCUGAUACCCAGCCUGGUCUGUGCUGCCGCCCAAGCUGGUGACCUGGAGGUGCUGCAGGCGCUGCUGGAGCUGGGCAGUGACCUGAGCCUGGUGGACUUUAAUGGCCAAACCCCGCUGCACGCGGCUGCCCGGGGAGGGCGCACAGAGGCCGUCGCCAUGCUGCUGCAGGGAGGUGUGGACGUGAACGCCCGGGACACGGACGGCCUCAGCCCGCUGCUGCUGGCUGUUCGGGGCAGGCAUCUAGGCAUCGUGAGGUUGCUGCGGGCGGCCGGGGCCUCCCUGUCUGCCCAGGAGCUGGAGGGGGCAGGGACAGAGCUAUGCAGGCUGGCAUCCAGGACUGACCUCAAAGGCCUGGAAGUGUGGUGGCAGGCAGGGGCUGACCUAGGGCAGCCGGGUUAUGACGGGCACAGCGCCCUGCAUGUUGCAGAGGCGGCUGGAAACCUGGCAGUGGUGGCCUUUCUACAGAGUUUGGAGGGUGCAGUUGGUGCCCAGGCCCCAGGCCCAGUAAGUCCCCACCCAGGUGGGGCUGACACCCCACAACCAGCUUCUAGUAUGUGUGGCUGGACCCUGGCUCAGGGGCGUAUCCAAGGGGGACAGAGCCGGGAGGCUGAGAUGGAUCCCAGCUAGCCUAGGGGCUGCAGAGACCCUCCUGGGGGUGUCUGGGGCGGAACACGGUUUAGAGGGAGGGCUUCCUGAAGGAGCUGACCAGACCUGAGCACUGAGGGCCCAGCAUCCUCUCACCCACCCCUGCGCCCGCGCCCUGCCCCACCGGGCCCCCGAGGCUGGGUGCUUCCACCUGCCUCCCAGGCCAGUUCCCAGCUGACACCCCCAUUCCCACUCGGUCACAUGGCCCUCCCACAGUCUCACGCUGGGUGUGCUCUGGCUCGGGCAGUGCUGCACAGACUGGGUGCCCGGGCUUGUCUCUCUGCCCUGCCUUCGCGUACUACUUGGGCCUCCACAUGUUAUAAGGAGCCCUCAUGUUUUCAGGAAGUGCUGCCUGGUGUCUAACCUGAAGUCCUCCGGCUGCAGUGUAAGCCAUUCCUUCCUCCUGUGACCUGCUGGAAGGUCUCAGGCAUGACCCCCUGCUGGGGCUGCUUCCCAGCCUGUUUUCAGGCAAAGCCUGAAGGCCUUUGUUGGGCAGAAUGGCAAUAAAGUCUCUGGGCAUCUCCUCCCCAGGUCCCCAGAGCCUGGUUCUGAGUGGGUCUGUCUGGGUCUGGACUGUGGCUGUGUGUGGAGGCAGGCCCAGGCUCUGUAGGGGUGAGGGGGGCACUUUGCCCAUCCUUCCCAAGGCAGCUGUGAGUGUGAACCGGGUGGGGCAGUGCUUACGGAGAUGACCUGGCCAGUGGCCAAGCCGGUCUUCCUUUCCCAGCCUCGCCCCUCCCCCUCCUGCCACCCUGCCUUUAUUCAGGCUAGCCCUUCCUCCAGACACCCCCUGCCCAUCUCCUCACCUCCUGCACCUUCUUUCUGGAGCUUGAAGUCACCUCCUCCAGGCAGCCCUCCAGCCCCUGGACAAGCACGCUGCUCCUGCUUAACUUUAGUCCUCACAGCCCCUCCUAGUUGCUGUCUGGUUUUCUGUCACCCCAGCUUCGCUGCACCUGAUCCCCAUCUCAGGGCGGGGCCCCACCAAGACUCCAAGCACUGCAGAAGCCCGUGAAUGUCAGGGGGGCCCCUUGGGACCUUUCCGGCCCCUGCUCUGCCUGAAGCUCCUGACAGCCUCCACUGUGAGCCAGGCCACUCUGCAAGGGAAGGGGUGACCUGGGCUGGCCUGUUGGCACAGCCUGGGCAGGUGGGUGCGUGUGGCGGUCCCUGCUGCUGCCCAGUGUGGGUGCUGCGGGGCGGCCUCGUGCCUUCUUUCAGCUGGGGCUGAAAUUGGGGUUUCGGACCCCUGGCUCCCGCCAUGUGUGCAUGCACGGGCCUGGGAUGGUCAGGGGCUCCCUGCUGCCACCCCCAGCCCCUGACCCCUUCUCGCUGUGUGAGGAGCCUGGGAGCUGCCUCCUGCCAGGCCUCUAUCUGCCCAGGGGACGGUUCCUGUCUGUCCCUCUGGCUGGUCCCUGGACUGGAGGCCCAGGAGGGCAAAAGUGAGACCCCAGAGUUGGCCCUUGGCACCCAGGCACACCCCGGGCUCCUCAGCCUGGUUCCCAAGCCUGGCUGGCACUGCCGCCUGCAUCCUUGCUGUCCUCACCCCAACACGGGUGUGCCUGGGCCUUGCACAACAAGGUGAUGCCAUGAGAGCAUGGCAUGGCGGGGCUGGGGAGGCCCUCGCUCCACACCCUAGUGAGGCCUAUGGGGGGCUGCAGGGGGAGGGAGGGUGGUACAGCACCCGAGAGCCAGGAGCCUCUGCUGUCCUGGGAUGGCCAGGACCCUUGGAGGGCCUUUUGGGAGGCAGUGGGACAGCUGGACAAAAUACCUGGGGCAGGUGGGGAGUGGGGAGACCACCUCCAGCAUCCCUGGGCUGAGCCCACCUGACUGGCUCAGUCCCGAGGGCUGGGCAGAGCCUGUCACUCACACCACCCUGCUCAGCGCUGUUCCAGGCCCUGGGAGCCCCAGGUUGUGAAAGCUGCAGGUGGCUCACGGUAGCCCACAUGGCAGCACCCUCCCAGAGCAGGUGCCAACCUGCCAGUGUAGACACAGCCGCUGACGCCUGGGGUGAGUGUCCUGUAGUGUGGAAAGGGCCACUCAGCCUGCGUGUCCCGCAGGGAGCGCUUGCCAAACUGGCCUUUCUCCAACUGGGCCACUGACAGAGUUUGGCAGAGAGGCUUGAGGACCACAGGGGCAGGGAGGGGCUGGGCAGAUGGGGAGUGCUCCUCACAGGGCUGGAGGAGGAGGCCACGCCUCCAUUUUCAGACCCUCUGAAGCCUUGUGGGGUGCAGGGCCCUACCACAGGGAGCCCAGGACUGGCCAGUGUCUCGGGAGGCUAUGAAGAGUCAUAGGCUUGAGUCUGGGAGCUUCCUUGGGGGCUGUUUUGUGGCCCUUGGGGAGAGGUCAGAGGGUUCCUGGGUAAGGGGACUCCUCUACAAUCACCCAGAAGUGGCAGGGGGUGCCGGGCUGCUGUUCAGGGCUCCCUGGGCUCUUCGAGGGGCAGUGACCUGGCCCCGAGGCCUCUGGGUCUCUGGUGUGCAGCGGGAACAGUGGGAUAGACAGGCUUGGAGCAUGGUGUCCUGCUCCAGGUUGGUGUGUUUUGCCCCCACUGUGCGCCUUGGAGGGCACUGGGUCCCUGCCUCUCCCACUUCAUGGCUGAGGAAGCUAAGGCGCAGAGUGGCCCCAUCCUGUGCCCAGGGCUCUGUGUUGGCACAGGGCAGAGCGGGGCUGUGAAUCAGGGCAUCCUCGACUCUUGCUGUGGCAUGAGGCCAUGGGAGAUGCAGGAAGGAGGCACAGCUGGGUGCCCGGUGUGUGCAGGACCCACCUCCCCACAGCGAGGCGGCAUUGCUCACACCUGGUAAUUUCACGCUGGGGGAGGCCUUGCUUCCUACAGCCCACCUCAAAACACCCGGACCUCAGGGCUAUCCCUGGGAGGCAUCUCUCCAUCAUGGCUACUGUCUUUCUAAUCAGCCUUUUCUAUCCUAAAGUCAGACUCCUAGGCUGAGGACCCUCCAGGGCCGUGCCUCCCCUGCUGGAGGUAACCAGACUUCUCCUGUGUGUGAGGAAGUUCCCCUUCUGGUCACAUGCCAGUGUUUCCUGCGGCUGGUGCGGGUGCUUGUCAGCUUCUCCCUCUCCUCUCUCAUCAGUGCCCUUGGAUGCUGGGCAUGGGACCAUGUUUGCUGGGCAAGGAGAGCCCACCCAGGUGGCUGUGUGUCAGGAGGAGUCUGCCAGGACUGGACUAGACCAGGGCUUAGAAUUAAGAAUAGGGGAGGUGGCCGGGCAUGCCUGUAAUC